AUACGGAAUGCACUGAGGGGCGCAGUUCGGCGGAUUCAUGUAGCGUGUGCUAGCAAAGAAUUCGCCCAGCCACAUUUAAAAAUUCACCGCAAGAAGCUUGAAUGCUUUGUGGGCUCCUCCACCAGGAUGCGAACACAUCGCGUUGCUGCAGCCCGUUACUACCUCCCGGUGCAAACGCAUAUAUUAUCUAGCUACUAGGACAAUAAACGCUUUGACCUUUGACUUGCAGCUGAUGACAACGCAAAGGUCGCUGACAGCCAGCGAGGAGCUUGGAAGCGCAUCUCAAUAGGACUGCGCUCCCGGGAGAAUGCUCAAAUACGUCCUGAAAGUUGGUCGAUAGUGGCAGAGAUAGCUUCAGUGCCGGCAGAGGAGGGGGAGGCAGCACACUCGCAGGCCCGGUAGCUGCUCUCCACAGCCCGAAGGUCGGCCCCGAUAAAGAGGAAGACUGCAGCACCAUGGACAGCUCAGAUAUGGACGCCAACUAUGGGGGAGGACUGUUGGAUAUGGUCAAGGGCGGAGCUGGAAGGUUCUUCAGUAACUUCAAAGACAAUCUCAAGGAUACCCUAAAGGACACAUCCACCAAGGUCAUGCAUCAGGUUGCCACGUACACUAAAGGGGAGCUAGACAUCGCCUACAUCACGUCACGAAUCAUAGUGAUGACCUACCCAGCAGAGGCUGUACAAAUUGGCAACCAGAACCAUGUGGAGGACAUCCGAUCCUUCCUCGACAGUCGCCACGCUGACCACUAUACUGUCUUCAACUUGUCACAGCGCAACUACCGAGGGGCAAAAUUCUCCAGCAGGGUUUCAGAGUGUAACUGGCCUGCUCGCCAGGCUCCCAGCCUCCACAACCUCUUCGCUGUUUGUAAGAACAUGCAUAACUGGCUGAAGCAGAAUCCCAAGAAUGUGUGCGUCAUCACCUGCUCGGAUGGCCGGGCACCUUCAGGUGUCUUGGUUUGUGCCAUGUUUUGCUUCUGCCACCUCUUCAACAAUCCAGUUCCCGCCAUGCAACUCCUCAGCGCAAAGAGACCAGGCUCGGGGCUCUGGCCGUCACACCGCAGGUACAUUGGGUAUGUAUGUAGCAUGGUGUCAGAGAAGCCCAGUCUGCCCCACACCAAGCCUCUGAUGAUCAAGGCUCUCACCAUGAGUCCAGUUCCCUGCUUCAACAAACAACGGAGCGGCUGUCGGCCUUUCUGUGAUGUCCUCAUUGGAGAGACCAAAAUCUUCACUACGGCACAGGAGUAUGAGAGAAUGAGAGAGCACCGAGUUCAAGAGGGCAAAGUGGUUUUUCCGCUAGGUGUCAGCGUGCAAGGAGAUGUCGUAGUUUCUGUCUAUCACAUGAGGUCCACCAUCGGGGGACGCCUGCAAGCCAAGGUGUCUAACACACAAAUUUUCCAGAUCCAGUUUCACACUGGCUUCAUUGCUCCUGGGACCACUAUGUUAAAAUUUAACAAACCAGAGCUGGACGCAUGCGACUCCCCAGACAAGUAUCCCCAGCUGUUUCAUGUGAUACUCGACGUGGAGGUGGAGAGCUUAGACAAGCAGAAAGACCUCACGCCGCCUUGGGAGCAGUUCCCAUCUAAAGACCUGAGUCCCAAUGUGCUUUUCUCCUGCCAUCAGGAACAUCAGGAUGCUCUCGCCAUUGCUGAGCCGAGCAGGCCACCCGGAGGCCGUGGCGGUCGAGGCCACUGUGAGGAGAGUGAGCCCUCUGACGACGAGAUGAUCUCUCUCUCCAGCCAGCGAAGCAGCACAAGCACAGCUCCACCUAAAGGGGAUCAGCCUUCUCCAACGCCCGCCGAGCCCAAUCCAUCUCGGGAAGUAGACCUUCUGGGCUUGGAUGGGGACGAGAUCAAGGAACCACCUCUCGUGACCAAACCUCCAGCUGCUGCAGCUGCAACUACUGACCUACUAGGGGACUUGUUUGGGGCUCCACCCCAGCCAACCAGCGGGCCAUCAUCCAACCACUCCACUCCACAUAAAACAGUACAGAGCUCUGCCUCGCCAUGUGCUUCCCCUGGCCCUCCAGUGUUUGACCCCUUUGGAGUCAGUCCUAUGCCGAAGCCUCAGGAGAUGAUGGGUUCGUUCCUCGGACCAGGUAACAUGGAGCAGCCACAUUCCUUCUUGCAUGCCACUCGCUCUCCAUCCGCCACCUUGCAGCCCACAAGCUUUGGACGGAAUUCCCCCGUCCAAACUGUUACCCCGACUGUCAACAUCCAGCAGCAAAACGUCAUGGGUGGCUGGGAAUGGAACAGGACAGCCACGACAAGCGGAGGAGGAAGCCUGGGAAUGGGCAGUCGAUCAGCCACAACGAGCCCCACAAGUUCUGUCCACAGCACACCCACCCAUCAAAACAAGCCAAACACCCUGGACCCCUUUGCUGACAUCGGUAACCUCGGGGGAAGCCUUGGAGGAGGUUCUGGAUUCUCCAGCAAGCCCACUACACCAACAGGAACAACUCCUUCCUUUCCUUCCAUGGGCUCCCCAUCGCGGCCUCCUCCAUCUCCCCAGCAUGCAGGAGGGUGGCAGCCUCACUCAGGCGCUGGCUUCCCAUCAUGGCAGCCUAACACUAGCACAGGAGGCUGGCAACCACAAGGACAAGGACCCACUCCGCAGCCAAAGCCAAGUCCUAGCCAUACAUCCAUGCCUCACACUUCACCACAGAACCGACCCAACUAUAAUGUUAGUUUCUCCGCAGUUGGGGGUGGAUCACCCAGCGCUGCGGGCAAAGCACAGACAGGAAUGGGCUCCAAGCCCAAGGCUUCCAAUGCCAACUUUGAUGACCUGCUGUCUGGUCAAGGCUUUGCAGGAGCCAAAGAGAAGAAAGGCCCCCGGACAAUAGCAGAAAUGCGGAAAGAGGAAAUGGCCAAAGAGAUGGACCCUGAGAAAAUCAAGAUUCUAGAAUGGAUUGAAGGGAAGGAGCGGAACAUCCGUGCCCUCUUGUCCACUAUGCAUACAGUAUUGUGGGAAGGAGAAACGCGCUGGAAGCCAGUUGGAAUGGCCGACCUGGUAACUCCUGAACAGGUCAAAAAGGUCUACCGCAAAGCAGUCCUCGUCGUCCACCCAGAUAAGGCAACAGGACAACCCUAUGAACAGUAUGCCAAGAUGAUUUUCAUGGAACUAAAUGAUGCCUGGUCCGAAUUCGAAAGCCAAGGACAAAAACCUCUUUACUAAAAAAUGGAGUGCAAGGGAAUGUGGGAAGAGAGGAUCCUGACACUUUUUCAUAUCUCUCUGGUCAAUAUUUGUGUUGGUACAGCUAUUUUGGGGUUCUCACUGUCACUUCCUACUGUAUUUUGUGCAAUAUUACCACCCCCUUGUGGGGUGCACUUAGCUGUGAAGUAGCUCAGCAAUCAAAGCUGACACAAUGGAGUGUCUGGGCUCCAUUUGACUUGACAAGAUCAAACUAGAACAGUCGAUAGUGCGCACACAAGAUAAGAGAAAAACACAUCAGUGAGUGGACAGUGAACAAAUGGGGGAUCAUGUAAGUACACCAAUUGUUCCCAUUCACGGGCUAUGGAUCGUGACCAAAAGAACGAGAUCCCGGAUACAAGGGGCCGAAAUGAGUUUUCUCCAUAGGGUUCUCCCUUAGAGAUAGGGUGAGAAGUUCAGUCAUCAGGGAGAGGCUCAGAGUCGAGCCGCUUCUCCUCCACAUCGAGAGGAGCCAGAUGAGUUGGCUCGGGCAUCUGAUUAGGAUGCCUACUGGAUGUGAGGUGAGGUGAGGUGAGGCAUGUCCCACCAGGAGGAGACCCCGGGGACCACCCAGGAUACGCUGGAGAGACUAUGUCGCCCAGCUGGCCUGGGAACGCCUCGGGAUCCCCCGGGAAGAGCUGGAAGAAAUAGCUGGGAAUCAAAUAAUUCGCAAAUUUUUCAGCGGUAGCUCUCAAGGGGUUUGCUCAAAGCACAAAAAUAAAUCUGUGUAACUUGGAAGGACGGUGAUUAUUGUUUAAUUUUCUUUUCUCAUGAUAUGCACAGGAUGUUUAUUCAUGUUUUUUAAAUCCAUGCAUUCAAUCCUAAGUACCGAUAUGUCUUUCGGUAUUUAAAAGAAAAAAAAUCACAUGGUAGGUUCAAGAAAUAUCAGAAAAUGGCUGACCCUGAAUAAGUUAAAUGUUUUGUUCAUCAUUAUCGCAGUUUACCAGGACUCCUUCAUGAUAAUAGUCUAAAUAAAGUCCGCUAGUCUUUUGCUCUAUUUAUUAAAAAAAAAGACUUGCAGAUGUCUGAGCCAAUAACUCCUCGACAGAGUGUCAAACUAGCAGCGAAUGGUCGGAUAGCACUCUUUCUGUGUGUUCAGCCUUUUGUGGGUUGCAAUACAAGUUUCAAACCACAAUACAGAAAUCACCAAAUUUUAUGCAAUACCACUGCUCGUUUGAACCAUCUGCUCCUCUCCCAAUUGGUAAGAAUGCAAUAAUAGGUUUGUGUUGCAAUGUUUUAUGGUCAAAAAUGACAUGAUGACGUAAUACCGAUGGUAGUCCUUUAUUUAAUGUAUCCAUAAGUCGGCCGGUACUGUAAAAAUGUCAUGAAAUGUAUUACUUGAUGCCAUGAGCUUAUUUUGUAUGACAAUUCCUAUCAGAGCACUGACACUUUUAUUUGUUUUAAUAAUGCUCACACAGUUUGUCAGGAAUAGCAUUAGCAUUGUGUUAUCUUCAUUCAAAGGACAUACUCCCAUUUGUCAACAUCAUUACAUCUGAUUGUAAUAUCUGAUUCUAGGACAUAUUUUAGGACAUUUACAGUACAUUUGCAGUUAGGACAGUUGAUGCCCUUUGUCGGUUCAAAAUGAUUUUAACCCUGUUUACUGUUGUCAUUUUUCAGUCGUCUGUUGUCAUCUUUUGUUUUCAGGACUCUCUCAUCUGUAUUUUGUAUAGUGACUGAAAACCGCUCAAAGGAAAGGACACUUUCAGUUGAUAUCUGGGAUCUGAAAUGGUUUGAAAUCCGCAAAGUGCGGUGGACACUCUAACCGUGGCACUGGAAAAACAGGAAAGGAAGUGCAGACACACGAUAUGUACUCUUUGUACUUUACAUCCUAUUGUGCUCCACUUCCAUGGACGAUCAACAUAUGAAAUAACACAUAAGCUCCCUUGCUGACUGAAUUAUCCAUCUGCAGUCUUACAAGUCGACAAAAAACUAAAACAUAUGUGUUGUACUCAGUGGAUGUGUUUGUUUAAAUUGUAGAAUGUAUGGAUGUGAUUUGGACCAUUGUAUGUUUUUUGUGUUUGCCUAUCUGCUGUUAACGUAUUACUAAACUGAGUAAAACGCUA